AUGAUCACGACAACAGCAACAACAGCAACAACAGCAACAGAAACAGCAACAGCAACAACGACAACAACACGAACGACGUGUCUCCCGCCGAACAUCUCCAUCUACCACGAAAUCACCUUCGUCCUCGUCAUCAUCCUCGCGCAAUUCAUGUCAUUCGCAGGUCUCGGUCAAGCCAUCGCUCCCAUGCAAUACAUUGCUCAAGACUUGCAAGUCUCCCACCCCAGCAGUCCCGCCUGGUUCGCCACAGCGUACGCCCUGACCUUCGGCACAUUUCUCCUCAUCUGCGGCCGCAUGGGAGACAUUCUCGGGCACAAACGAAUUUUCGUCUUUGGCUACUCCUUUCUCGCAUCCUGGUCUGCCUUUGCCGGGUUUUCCGCCUACAUUCACAGUCCAGCCUUCUUCAACAUCUGUCGAGCUUUUCAAGGGAUAGGUGCUGCAUUAUUGGUCCCAAAUGCUCUCGCACUCCUCGAACGCGCGUAUCCACCGGGCUGGAAGAAAAAUGUGGUCAUUGCGCUCUACAGUGUCAUUGCACCGUGGGGAUUCGUCUUGGGAGGACUCUUUGCAAGUUUGUUUGCAGAAGUCGCCUGGUGGCCUUGGGCGUUCUGGAGUUAUGCCCUCGCCGCAUGGACUUUAUCCGCGCUCUCCAUCCUCAUCAUUCCCCGAGCCCUCGCUCACGACGUACAAUUUUCCCGCACCAGAGACGAUGAUCGGCCUGGAUGGGAUCUGGCAGGUUCGUUGCUUGGAAUUUUCGGUCUGGUACUCGUCAGCGUCGCAUGGAAUCUCGCUCCUCUUUUCGGCUGGAGCACGCCGCGAGUCUACUUACUCCUCAUCAUCGGCAUCAUUUCCCUCAUCGCCUUCAUCUGGGUCGAAGCGCGCGCGCUCUCUCCCAUCUUCCCCAUCGAACUCAAAGCCCUAUGCAGCCUCAUCGUCGUCGGUUUAGGCUGGGGAUCAGCCGGAAUCUGGACAUUCUACUCGUUCAAAUUCCUCGACGACAUUCGACACUUUAGCGCAUUGGGCACUACUGCGCAAUUUAUUCCUCUCAUGUUUGCCGGACUGCUCGCUGCGGGAGCCACCAUCUUUUUGCUACGCCACACUUCAGUGCAGUUUACGCUCUUCUUGUCCAUGGUGGCCUUCUUUGUGGGAGAAAUUAUGACGGCCACACAACCCAGCAAGCAGACGUAUUGGGCGCAAAUGUUUCUUGCAGUAUUGACGAUGCCUUUUGGAAUGGCAAUGAGUCUCGCAGCAGGAACUCUCCUGCUCUCUCCCCCUCCUUCGUCCUCUUCCUCCUCUUCUUCUUCAUCAAAUAUCACUUCACCGGAUGAUCAUCACCGCCACCAUCAUCAUCAUCAUCAUCAAGGUCUCGCCUCGUCAUUAGUGUACGCCAUGGUCAGCUACCCCAUCAGCAUCUGUCUGGGGAUUGCAGGGACAGUCGAAGUGCACGUCAACAAGCAUCAGGCCACGAGAGAAGCCACGUUGUGGGGCAUUCGAUGUGCGUGGUGGACCGGUGUGGCGCUCGCGGGCACCGCUGUGGUGCUGAGCAGUGUGAUUUUUGGGAAAUCAUUACUCCGUAAUGGCUGGAGAGCUGUGGAGCAGCAGCACUGAAGAGGCUGGUGGUGAACAGAAUGACGUUUUUCUGGUAUUAGUGAGUAGGCAGGCACAAGGAAAUAUUGCUGAAUAUAAAUGGACAUCUAUCUGG